GAAAGUGAACAAAAACGAGCGCAUCCCGGGAGAACGCGGGAACCGAUGAUAGGUUCCACCCCGUUCAGAGUUGACGCGCGCUUAUCCGUUUCUUUCUUUAUUAUUGUUUCACGUUAGCAUUUACCCAUGGCAGAGCUAAUACACUUAUCGACAAUUUGAGUUUGUCCAAAAAAACUCAUGAGAAGUGUCUUUUAUAGAGGAAUUACAGCUGUGGGCCGUUUAAGUAAAAGAAUAAAAUAUAACAACAAGUUAGACGGGGAAUUUUUCGGUGGUUUUGGUCGUUGUAACGCCGCUCUGUAGCUAGUGUCUGUCGAGGUGUUGACUCCAGGAGCCUUCAGGAUGGACUCGUUUCAGAAGGUGGAGAAGAUCGGCGAGGGGACAUAUGGCGUGGUCUACAAAGCCAAGAACAAAGUCACGGGCGAGACGGUUGCCCUCAAGAAAAUCCGACUAGACACGGAAACGGAGGGGGUGCCAAGCACGGCCAUCCGGGAAAUCUCGCUCCUGAAAGAACUCAGUCACCCCAACAUCGUCAAGCUGCUGGACGUCAUCCACACGGAAAAUAAGCUCUACCUCGUCUUCGAGUUCCUUCACCAGGACCUGAAGAAGUUCAUGGACUCCUCCAUCACCGGCGUCCCCCUGCCCCUGGUGAAGAGCUACCUCUUCCAGCUGCUGCAGGGCCUUGCCUUCUGUCACUCCCACCGGGUCCUCCACCGGGACCUGAAGCCCCAGAACCUUCUCAUCAACGCCCAGGGGGAGAUCAAGCUGGCCGACUUCGGUCUGGCCAGGGCCUUCGGGGUGCCGGUCCGCACGUACACGCAUGAGGUGGUGACGCUCUGGUACCGAGCUCCAGAGAUCCUCCUGGGCUGUAAAUACUACUCCACCGCCGUGGACCUGUGGAGCCUGGGCUGCAUCUUCGCUGAGAUGAUCACCAAGCGGGCCCUGUUCCCCGGGGACUCGGAGAUCGACCAGCUGUUCCGGAUCUUCCGGACGCUGGGAACGCCGGACGAGACGGUGUGGCCGGGCGUCACCUCCAUGCCCGACUACAAGCCCUCCUUCCCCAAGUGGGCGCGGCAGGACAUGAACAAGGUGGUCCCCCCGCUGGACGACGACGGCCGCGAGCUGCUGGCGCAAAUGUUGAGUUACGACCCCAACAAGAGGAUAUCGGCCAAAAACGCUCUCGUCCAUCGGUUCUUCCGCGACGUCACUAUGCCCGUCCCGCACCUGCGACUCUGAGGCGGCCACCGGGGGACGGGGGGCCGUCGCGACAAGACUCAACCGGUGCCUUCUCGCCGCUCAUUCCUACGAUCGUUUUCAUUCCGACGUUCCAUCAGCGUUCCUCAAGUCAGUCCCGAGCUGGCGUUGUUCCCUGACCCCGCUGUUGAUGCCAGUUAAAGUAACAAGAGUUCUAAAAAACGUGUGGUUGUGUUUGUUUGUGUGUGUGUGGGUGUGUGGGUGUGUUUCCUCUCCGCCCGUUGGUGGAUAACGUUGUUUGAGAAGUUUUCCGAUACGGUUGCUGCUCUGUUCCUCGGUUGCGUUUUCCUGGGCGUUCCUGGAUGCAUGAGAACUUCAGCCUUCUGCCGGACCGUUUUCCGAGAAUGUGCAGAGUUCAUCGUUUUAUUAUUAUUGUUAUUGUAAUUCAGCUUUGCGCUUUGUGUAAAGGUGCUAGGUUUUAUUUGUCAAGAGAAUUUGUAAACUUUUAAAAAAAUUGUUUUUUACAAAUGCUUAAAAUAAACAGUAAAAAAAUAAAAAAAGUUUACAACAGUACUAUGUUGUUAAUGUUUUUAUAUAUUGGUAGAUACGUCUAGCUCACUAAUGGGACAUAUUUAAUUUUGAACUUAAUAUCUUUUUUGUAUAAACCGUCACAUCUUUCACACAAUAAAAGAUUGUUUUAAGCAUGA